UGGCUGGUUGAGAUGCAGCUUCAGAAUCGCAUCACCGGGAGGAGAGAGCGCAGUUUGGAACUCGAACCCUGAACAUGUCGACUGUGAAGAAGAGAAACUCUGGGCACCAUGAGGAGGAUGAGGAGGGGGACCCUCAGGCGGCGGAGAAGAUGCUGAGCGGCGGAGGAGCGGCAGGCUCUGGAGGAGGAGGAGGAGGAGGAGAGGAGGAGGAGACGGUGGUGCUGCAGCGCACCAUCACGCUGGUGAACGGCGUGGCCAUUAUCGUGGGCACCAUUAUCGGCUCGGGGAUCUUCGUGACUCCGACCGGCGUGGUGAAGGAGGCGGGCUCGGUGGGGCUGUCGCUGGUGGUGUGGGCGGUGUGCGGGGUGUUCUCCACGGUGGGCGCGCUGUGCUACGCCGAGCUCGGGACCACCAUCACCAAGUCCGGCGGAGAUUACGCUUACAUCCUGGAGGUGUACGGCUCCCUGCCCGCCUUCCUCAAGCUCUGGAUCGAGCUGCUGAUCAUCAGGCCGUCCUCGCAGUACAUCGUCGCCUAUGUGUUCGCCACGUACCUGCUCAAGCCUCUCUUCCCGGUGUGUCCGGUGCCCGAGACCGGAGCCAAACUGGUCGCGUGCCUCUGCAUCCUGUUGUUGACGGCGGUGAAUUGCUACAGUGUUCGCGCUGCCACCCGAGUCCAGGACGCCUUUGCUGCUGCUAAGCUCGUCGCUCUGGGACUCAUCAUUAUUAUCGGCUUUGUGCAGAUUGGCAUGGGUGGUACCCCAAAUCUUCUGCCCGAGAACGCUUUCAAAGGAUCCAACAGUGACUUUGGGAAGAUUGGCUUGGCCCUCUACAGUGGCCUUUUCGCAUACGGAGGCUGGAAUUAUUUGAAUUUUGUGACUGAAGAAAUGAUCGAGCCGUACAAAAAUCUGCCACGUGCCAUUAUCAUCUCGCUGCCCAUCGUCACCAUCGUCUACGUGCUGACCAACAUGGCCUACUUCACCACGCUCAGCCCUGAGGAGAUGCUCCACUCUGAAGCUGUAGCUGUGGAUUUUGGGAACCAUCACUUGGGCCCCAUGGCGUGGAUCAUCCCCGUGUUUGUGGGACUUUCCUGCUUCGGCUCCGUCAACGGCUCACUGUUCACCUCAUCCAGGUUGUUCUUUGUGGGGUCACGUGAAGGUCAUCUUCCCAGCCUGCUGUCCAUGAUUCACCCGAACCUGCUCACUCCAUUGCCCUCACUCCUGUUCACUUGCUUGAUGACGCUCCUUUAUGCCUUUUCCAAUGACAUCUUCUCCGUCAUCAACUUCUUCAGCUUCUUCAACUGGCUGUGCAUCGCCAUGGCAAUCAUCGGCAUGAUGUGGCUGCGCUAUAAGAAACCUGAGCUCGAGCGGCCAAUCAGGGUGAACAUCCUGUUACCAGUUUCCUUCGUCCUAGCGUGUCUCUUCCUCAUCGUCGUGUCCAUCUGGAAAACUCCAACCGAGUGCGGCAUUGGAUUCGGCAUCAUCGCCACCGGCGUUCCCGUCUACUACUUCGGAGUCUGGUGGCAGAACAAACCCAAGUGGCUCCAGCAGCUGAUCUUCUCGGCCACGGCGACCUGUCAGAAGGUUCUGGAAGUCGUGCCUCAGUCAUAAAGGAAAAUAAAUAAAAUGACAGACGCUUUGUAAAUGAUUCUGCGCACAAACUAAAAGGCAGAUUUUCACAUUUCUCCCUCUGACCUCGACCUGCUGCAGCCGGGCGCGCUCACCAUGAGCUUUCCCUGAGGCUCCACCCACCAUGCCCAAACCACGCCUACACAGGGAAAAGAGACGUCUGAAUGAGUGCAGAAGUCUUUUUUUUUUUUUUUUAAAUUCCCUCUCAUCUUUAUCUGACUUUCUAACUGUUUUUGUGUUUUCUUUUAAUCUAUGCUUUUUUUUUUUUUUUUUUUUUUUUU